CGAAGCGUCGGGAGGGCCUAGGUCCGUGUGCAGCGCCCUUCGGCCGGCCUGAGCCCCAGAGUCAGCUCCCCAUUCUCGCCCAGCACCCCCUGGCUGCUCCCGGGGCUCACGGAACAGUACCGAAGCAUAUCAGAAAACAUCUAGAACAGAAAGGAAAGUACAGUCCCUGUUUGGAUCAAGUCAGUUCCCUGAGCCUGAAUGAUGACUGCAGAAUCCAGGGAAGCCACAGGUCUGUCCCCACAGGCUGCCCAGGAGAAGGAUGGUAUCGUAAUAGUGAAGGUAGAAGAGGAAGAUGAAGAAGAGCACAUGUGGGGGCAGGAUUCCAGCCUGCAGGAGACGCCUCCUCCUGAUCCAGAGAUUUUCCGCCAACGUUUCAGGCACUUCUGUUACCAAAACACUUUUGGGCCCCGAGAGGCUCUGAGUCGACUGAAGGAACUUUGUCAUCAGUGGCUAAGACCAGAGAUUAACACCAAGGAGCAGAUCCUGGAGCUGCUGGUACUGGAGCAGUUCCUCUCCAUCCUGCCCAAGGAGCUCCAAGUCUGGCUGCAGGAGUACCGUCCUGAUAGUGGGGAGGAGGCUGUGACCCUUCUGGAAGAUUUGGAGCUUGAUUUGUCAGGACAGCAGGUCCCAGGUCAAGUUCAUGGGCCUGAGAUGCUUGCCAGGGGCAUGGUGCCUCUGGAUCCAGUGCAGGAGUCCUCGAGCUUUGACCUUCAUCAGGAGGCCACCCAGUCUUUCAAGCAUUCAUCUCGGAAGCCUCGCCUCUUGCAGUCACGGGCUCUCCCUGCCACCCACGUUCCUGCCCCUCAUCACGAGGGGAGUCCCAGAGACCAGGCGAUGGCAUCUGCACUAUUCACGGCAGAUUCCCAGGCAAUGGUGAAGAUCGAGGACAUGGCCGUGUCCCUCAUCCUGGAGGAAUGGGGAUGUCAGAACCUGGCUCGGAGGAAUCUCAGUAGGGACAACAGGCAGGAGAAUUAUGGGAACGUGUUUUCCCAGGGUUGUGAAAACAGGAAUGAGAAUGAGGAGUCAGCCUCAAAGGCUGAAACCGCAGAAGACUCAGCAUCACGUGGGGAGACAACAGGAAGAUUCCAGAAAGAUUUUGCAGAGAAACGUGAACAGCAGGGCAGAAUAGUAGAAAGGCAGCAGAGAAACCCUGAGGAAAAAACCGGAAGAGAAAAGAGAGAUUCGGGGCCAGCUACAGUCAAGGAAAAAAAACCCACCACGGGAGAGAGAGGUCCAAGGGAGAAGGGCAAAGGAUUGGGAAGAAGCUUUAGUCUGAGUUCAAACUUUAACGCCCCUGAAGAGGUUCCAACGGGAACGAAGUCCCACAGAUGUGAUGAAUGUGGUAAAUGCUUCACGAGGAGUUCAAGCCUUAUUCGCCAUAAAAUAAUCCACACUGGAGAAAAGCCCUAUGAAUGUAGCGAGUGUGGGAAAGCCUUCAGUCUUAACUCAAACCUUGUCCUGCAUCAGAGAAUCCACACAGGAGAGAAGCCUCAUGAAUGUAAUGAGUGUGGCAAAGCCUUCAGUCACAGUUCAAAUCUCAUUCUCCAUCAGCGAAUCCACUCUGGAGAGAAACCUUAUGAAUGUAACGAGUGUGGGAAGGCCUUCAGCCAGAGCUCAGACCUUACUAAACAUCAGCGGAUCCACACGGGGGAAAAACCCUAUGAAUGUAGUGAGUGCGGAAAAGCUUUUAACCGAAACUCAUACCUUAUCUUGCACCGGAGAAUUCACACGCGAGAAAAGCCGUAUAAAUGCACCAAGUGCGGCAAGGCCUUCACCCGGAGCUCGACCCUCACUCUGCACCACAGAAUCCACACCAGAGAGCGAGCCCCUGAGUACAGCCCUGCCUCUCUUGAUGCCUUUGGAGCAUUCCUGAAAAGCUGCGUGUAAGGCAAGAAUUUGUCAACAAGCUAUUUCCCCCUUCUGUUUCCAAAAUUACCUUAGAGACGUGUGCCACGGAGGGGAAAAAAAGGUGGCCUCAACAGAUUAAAAGGAAAAGUCACACUUAAGGAUCCUUGUAGCUACAUCAGCAGUGUUCUGCCUUUGCAUAGUCUGUGGGCAUGUAAUCCCUCCACAUAGCCCCUGCAAGGGAAAGCUAGUCACAUGGAGAAUCCUCAUGAUACUUCCGUACAAGACGAAAGCACACAUAACGGCAAAACGUCAAGCUUUUCAGUAAUGAGGAUACCUUUUAAGGCGCUCUUGGCCUCAUCAACCACAAUACAGAAUUGAAAGAUUAAGAUUGGCCCUGUGAAAAUGAUACUGAGGUUUAAAGCUGCUUGCCGCAAACAAACCCUACUUGGCCAGCAUCUUGCUAUCCCUUAUUUCUCAAAGAAGAGGAGCAGUUGAAACAAAAACUGCAUUGGGACAUGCUGCUCAAACUAGUUCUAGAGACGAUAAGUUAUAUGUGUGAUCACUGGUAGCCUGCCAAAGCUAUAGAAAUCUAGGACUGUGCUGAUCGGUAUCAAACCAAAGAUUUCUGGCUCUUCCUGAAUGAGGGUACAUGCACCAGUCUACAGUUCCAAAGGACUGCAACAAAUGUAGAUGGCUCUAUCCUCAUCACUGAGAUAAAUCCUACUGAAAUGGCAACAAUAAUUCAAAACCCUUCUCUCCCUUCUCGAAAUCCCUAAAGCACUAUGGCACUCCUAAAUGCAUUUCUCCACAAGCUAGCACUUGAUUGUAUGCUGUCUUAAUCCUCCAUUGCUUCGUGUAUGAAAGUUUUCAUCACCACCACCCCUCACACCCCUGGCAAAGAGAUGCUUUGAUCGUUAGGGGAUAUAUUUACAUCCCCAUCAGUGCUGGACACAGUGCUGAACACCUAAGACGCACUCAUUAUACCUGACUUCUAACAGGACUUUCUAUGCUUAUGAUAAAGCCCUGUGUGAAUCAUGAGUACCUGAAGUAUGGUAGCCUGGCCCAACUUCUGAAGAGGACCUUCAGUGUCCAAGGCAUGCGAAAGCUCUGUGAUCUGAUGCUGUUUUUAUCCUGAAUAUAAAAGAAAGGCGCUGGCCAGCUGCCUGUGUAGACUUCCUAAACACAAAUCUGUGAGUAAAUACCAUGGAAUGUCAGAAUGACUUUAUCAUCAUUUUAAGAAAAAUAGGAACAUUUACUAAGGUCAGUUUUUGACAUCUUUCUGUGGCACAAGAUCUUAGCCAGAAUUCUCUUAAUUCAGCUGAUCAUUUAGGCACUUUCUGACUCAAUUGUAACUAAAUAAUAUAGUGCAGAAGCUGUAAUUUUUGUUGCUUUUCAGAAAAAGGAAACACGUAGAGUGCAUUUCCCGCCCUUCCCCCCCCUUCCAGAAGCUUUGCAAAAGCAUUUGAUAUUGUUAGCUGGAAAUUAUCAAGCAAGUUUGUUGCUCUGAGGAGCUCACCAACAAGCUGAGACGCAGUUAGGUGUAUCGUAGGUGAACUGCACAGCGUCUUUUCUGUUUCUCAUCCCUGAAGACUGAGGUGAGGUUCUGAAACUCAUCUGUUCCAUCAUCUGUGCGGGAGGAAGCAAUUGACUGCCUGGAAGCUAAUGGCAGGCGGUUUUCAGAUACACAUACAGGAGACCCAGGUAGCAUGUGCUACAUAGACAGUCCUCAGGGACUUGGGUAGAGAGGAUUCUGCUCCUGAGAGCAUGCAAAUGAUGGUGGACAGACUAGGAACUUAGUAGGAACUUAGGAACAGACUAAGAGCAGACCUGAAGACUCACCCUCAUGGGAGAACCCCACAUAGAGUUUGAGGUUUUCCAUCAAGAAACAACUAAAACUCAUUGACCGUUGUUCAGUGACCAACAGCUCAAGCCUGGGAGACAGCAUGGCUGUAUGGGGAACCAGUGAGGUGGGGACAAUUGUGGCCUCAGCUCCAGACCGAACUAAAAAUUCUGCGCAGCAGUAAUUCUUUGGCCUCUCUUUAGAGCUGGGACUGACCACAGCUCCCCUGUAGCUUCUAAGCAGUCCCGUCAGUAUUGCGUGAGGAAGCUUCAAGGAAGUCCGCUGGUGACCAGACUAUUUCUGUCCGUCCAGUUUCAGACCAACAAAAGAGAUACUCCAGAGGAGUAUACCUGCAUAGCUUUUUAUAGUCAGUGAAGGUGGAAGAAGUGCUUUUAAGGUUUUCUUCAGAGAGGAAGCCACAGUGGAGGCUUCAUGGCUGGUGCUCGUCAGCAAAGACUUGCCACUGGGGAGCAUCUUGAGCAGCGAGCCACUUGACCCCAGGCAUUAUUCAAAGCACUGACUGUUCUGGAGAGGGAGGGAACAAACUUCGGUGGGUUCCACAUUGCCCCCCCCCCCCCCCCGCCGCCUUUUUUUUUAGCCACAACUCCAUGCUGACAUUAAUUCAGCCAUCAUUUUUGGGGAUUUUUUUUUUUUGGUUUUGGUUUUGGUUUUGGUUUUGGUUUUGGUUUUUAAAGGAAAGUUCAGUCCAGCCUGUGCCCUCCUGUUUCUCUUCUGUGCUGACCACAGGGGGAGCCGUAGCAGUUGCCUCAUAUCUUCAGCAGAUGCACUUCUGAAAGCAGCCAUUUGAAAAUGUGUUUUUUUUGGGCGGGGGGGGGGGGAAGCAGGUUAUGUCUGUUUAUGAAAACCUUUCAUAUCGGUCCAUUUAUUAGCUGCUUGGUGCAGAGUUUAAUUGGGUCAUGAUCAGAAAGGCUCACCACAUCUCAUUAGUGUGUCAGGACACUCAGAAGUUCUUGACGGUCUGAAGCCUGUUAACAGUUUAAGUUAACUACCCCGUAGUUAAUCAUUAGCAUGCUAGUUGACCUGAUGGAAGUUUUUGAAGGGUUUUUGAAGGAUAUACCUUAAAUAUACCUGCCAGGAAGAUAAGUAAAAUUCUUCAGAUUUUGGGGAAUUUGUAUUCCACCUGGCAGGCAAGACUCCAGCCUGAAAAUACAGAUCUCUGAGGCAUCUUGAUAUAUAAGACACUUGGUGUUCGUUUAAAGGCAUAAAAGUGAAACUGUGCUAAAUGUGUACAGACAGCUCGCUGCAUUUGAUAUGUGAGACCAUUGACGUCUUAUGUAACAUCAGAAAACUCAUUCCAGAAAAGAACCUCGAGAAUGCGAUAAAUAAUGGCAAAGCCUUUCAUCACAUCUCAGCCCUUAGCAUCCAAAAGCUUACACUGUAAAUAAACUUUAUUAAUAUUGUAUGUGAGGAAAACUUUCAUGUAUGCCACUCAUUGCUUUGGACUGAAAAUGAAUUCCGUCAGUACGUUCCAAUCAUGUAAUGAAUUUCAGAAACACUGCAGAGGAAGCUCGAUCUUAACUCCAGAGGAUCCACAGAAGAAAAAAAUGUGGGGAAAUGCUAAAAAGAAGGCAAAAAUUAUUGUUAAAAAAUUGUUCAUGUUGGGUACUUCUGUAUAUUUUGUAUGACCACAAUGUCAGUGUCUUGUGUUUUGUACCUUCAAUCCUGGUUGUUAUUCUGUGUUUUCCCUGUAAACAGGUAAUGUAUUUUAUUUUAAUCUAUUUGACAGACACAUCACUCCAAAAGAGCAAAACUUCUGGAGUGAGUGGUGAAGGAGUUGAUGUGGUUACAGACAAAAAGUCGGUUUACAGAACGGAGGAGGGGAAGAGGAGAGAAAACCUUCAGAGUUUGGUGCUCACCAAAUCAGAAGAGAUUAGUAGAUCCCUUAGAGAGACAGGUUAAUAGGGCUCUAAAAUGGAACAGUUCCUAUAAACAUCUGCAGCUUCCCGCACGUUUUCUCUUCAAAGCCAGGAAGUGGACCUCUUAGCUGCCAGCUCACCAUUUCAGGUGAAGAAAAUGGGUUCUCUGAGUUUGUGAGGUGGGGAAGAGGGGCUUUUCCAGGAAUCGAAAGUAGUGCACUGGAAAGCCCCAGUGGGACCCCUUAACCUGACCUGCUCAUGUAAAUCAUGGUCCUCCUUCACCCACUAACUCUAUGCUUAGGCAGUUUGGGUUAGCAGAACGCCAGGAUGGGCCCUUUCCUGGAAAAUAGGCACAAAUACAUCCAGUUCCUGACAUGGCAGGAAGUUUUUCUGAUAAGGCUUUAGAAGCGUUGUGUAGUAUUCGCUUUGGCUGUGCUUCUAUGUACCUUCCCUGCACCCAGUUACUUCCCGUGAUUAUUAGAAGGCUUGUAAAGAUUCAUAGCUGUGAAGGAAUUUUUUCCUCCUUUUUACUCUAGAGUUGAUCACCUUUUAUUCCAGGGUCUGGUCACCCUGGUGUCUUCAUCUGAAGCUAGCUAACCAGGUUCGUCCUACCAUCCUCAUGGAAGAUUUGUUAUGUAAUGGGAAUAACAGUAUUAAAAUGUAGUCAAACAGUGACAGCAAUACUUGCCAGAGGAGCCAUAUUUUUGUGUGUCCCACUCUGAGCAACUUCUCAGAAAUAUUUAUGAGGGGGCUGGGUUCCCCAUCUGGGAAACCAAAUGAACGUCUGUCUGCAGGUUGCAAAGUGAAAUGUAGAGUCAGAGAAGAGGAAACUAAGUGGUAUAAAUAGAUCUUUUCAUAGAAGUUAGAGUAGAUUUUUAUUUCAACUACUACUGGAGAGUUUAAUAAAAAGCAUUAUUUGCAGAGUUUUCCUAACCUAGGUUUAGGUUUUGUUUUUAGAAUGGACACACUACUGUACAUUUAAAAGCAGUUACUUAUUUUGCUAUUCAAAUUUUUUAUUAUAUCUGAAGAUGAAAUUAUCUGUUUUACUUUUCAAAGCUUUGUAAAUCAAACUUGAAGUUAUAGGGAGGCUAAGCCAUCUCCAAUUCUGCAGGUCAAACAAAAGUUGGACAAGUAACUUUGGACAUCUCAUACGACAGAAUGUCUUAAUGUGAGAACUUGGUUUCAUAUUGUUCCGUUUGACAGUGGAUACCACAAACCUCAUGUUUUUCUCUUAUCCUAAAACAGUGGAAGAUAAGGAGAGACAUGAGGUUUGACUUCUAAACAUUAUUACUUUAACAGCUUUUUUUUUUUAAUGUUUGAGAUUUCUCCUCCAUUUACUUAAAGAAUCAUGGCUUACUUAGCAAUUAAUUAGCAAAGCUAAUUGGUCUUCAAGUUCAAGUUUCUCCCUUCAGCAAGCACUCUUGAAGCAGUGAGGCUGCGUGUUUUAAGACAAAAAAAUGAGACCUGCGAGUGAUUGAAAGGUGGUUAUAAAACUCAGAUUUCAUUCCAGUUUCAGAUUUGGGUUUUAAGUUUCUUGAGUCAGGGAAGAGACUAGGCCGUUGCAGUCGCCCCGACUCAGGUGUGUUUGUGCUCACUCGCCUUCCUCCUCACCUCAGCCUCUGACCGGUUUAAGUAAGGUUUCUUUCUGCCCUAGCGAGGACACAGCGUGUUAGGCUCAGACCUGCUUCUGCUAGUAACAGGGGUUCUUACAUGAAAACACAUAGAUGGCGCGGGGUGGGGGGGUGGAGGGGAGAGAAGGCAGAUGGUGAUUGUGCAGGAAAAUCUUGGUCUAAAUAUAAUACGAGUGUAAGGGUGGGGGGUUACAAGCAAAAUCAGCGACUAUUUUAAAAUGAAUAUACUGUAUUUUUAUUAACUUGUAGUUAAAUAUAGAUGAUUACAACCAGGUCAACAUGAUAAGCCUAAAUCUAUAUAGAGAGCUAACUCAGGCAUUGUCUUGUUUAUCUGUAGACUGGAUAAGACAAACCUUUCCUGUUCUGUCAGUCCCUAGUUUCUUAGUUUAGAAUAAGUUAGAGCAAAAGAAGAAACGUGUCUUUGUAAAACCCGCAGAAUUAACUUCUUGCUGUUUAAACCUGGCUUCUCAUUUCACUAGUCUUAGGAGAGUCCAGAUGCUUGGUAGAUGUUCAAGAAGUGAUUUUUAAAUUGAAUUUGUUCCUUUAAAAUCCUCAUUAACCUUUCUAGGAAGGCUUCUUUGAAUAAAUAAUAGAAUCUUAAAGGAAAAAGAAAAGUGGUUUGUUUUUUUUAAAAGCUAGGGAACUCUAUUGAAAAUCAUUUGAAAACUUGAUUGAGGACUAAAGUUUCCAUCACGAGAAAUGGCAGCACAAUAACAUUUACAUGCAUUUAUAGUCAGUGGUCCAUUGUAGGCAGCUGGUGGUGUCUGACGAAUGUUAGAGCAGGGAGGUUGGGGAAGGAGAUUGUGGGGAAUUGUAAUAAAUAUCUCUUUAUGUUAUUUCUCUUCUGGGUCACGGUAAAACAAUAAAUUAUCACCUCUAGGUGGCAAUGUU